AUGUACUCAAAAUUCUUAAAUUUAAUUUUAUUUAUUUCAAUUUCCAUUUGGUUUGUUAUAGCCGAUCAGGACGACAAUAAAGAUAAAGAUGCUGCUUUCGAAAAGGUUAUAAUUUUGGUUGAUAAUGUUUUGGAUUUCUCUCGUCCUGUAGCUCUUUUUGAAUUUGCAAAUAAUCACCCAAUAGAUCAUCCUGACAAAGAAGCCGCUUUUCUAGAAAAAGUUAAUGAAAAAGCCAUUGAAAUCAAAUUGGAUACAGAAUUUGCACGUCUUUUUUUCGCAGAUCAAAUUAAUGCAAGCAAAGUUGUUCAGUCUGCUUAUUUUGCCUUAUGGAAUCGAACAGGACUGCCAAAUGAAACAGUUGUUGAUAUUCACACAACAGAAUUUCAAUCAAAAAUGGGAAAGGUUACAAUGGAUUUGGAAACAGCAUUACUUCCUAUAGUUAAAUAUCGGGAUGAAUUCAAAUGCCAGAAAGAAACCAGAAAAAUAGUUAAGGAAUUAGCUAAGAAGAAGCAAAUUGAUAUUUCUCCUGAAUUUAAUCGCGACAAGGCUUUUGGAUUUGCUUUGCGCCAUUUGUGUUCUAACAAAAUAACAUAUCAUUAA